AUGAUAUCAAAUCAGGAUUCUUUAGAUGAUACAACGGGAAAGGGUAUCUUGCUGAAGGCAGACGGUAUCGCAGAUACAUUCCGUGCCGAAGUUAAGGUUGGACUCGCUGCAUGCUCUCAUCCGCCAAAGCUUGUUGGCAUUCUCUCGACAUCAUCACAGCCGAGCAGGAUGUAUGCCAUGUUCACGAAGAAGCAAUGUGAGGAGCUUGGAUUUGAGUUCGUCUUACGAACGGUUGGCGCUGCUGAGUCGUCGGAGUUGGGAGAAGGGGAGGGUGUGGAGGAGGCGAUUAUUGAAGCGAAUGAGGAUGAGAGUGUGGAUGGUAUCAUGGUGUAUUACCCGAUUUUCGGGGUGCAGCAGGAUCAUUAUCUGCAGCAGGUUGCCAGUCCGAUCAAGGAUGUCGAAGGCCUCAACGUCAAAUUCCAUUACAACUUAUACCACAAGUACCAAUCAGCAUCCAACGCAGCUCUACCUGCAGUCUCAGAUGACCCUCCUCCAGGAACUGUCAAGUCAAUUCUCCCAUGCACGCCCCUUGCGAUCGUCAAAUGCCUCGAGAACAUCGGUGUGUAUAAUACGAUCUUGAAAUAUGGAGACCGUGCGUAUGGUAAGAUUAUCACGGUCGUUAACCGAUCGGAAGUUGUCGGUCGCCCACUCGCUGCACUCCUCGCGAACGACGGUGCGCGAGUCUUCUCCGUGGAUAUUGACUCUAUCCAAGAAUACACGAAACGUCCCUCUAUACCAACCGACUCUGAAACCGGUGCAGCAGCCAGUAUAAAAAGACGAUAUCAUCCACACCACGUCGUCCGACCCAGUACAAAGUCCCUCGAAGACUGCCUCGCGAUCUCAGACGUAGUAAUCAGCGCUGUACCAAGCCCUUCAUACAAGAUCAAAACCGCAUGGCUAAAAGACGGAUGUGUUUGCGUCAACGUUGCGUCGGAGAAGAACUUUGAGAAAGAUGUUCGGGAGAAGGCUUCCAUAUAUCUACCCGCGGUAGGGAAAGUCACAAUCUUGAUGUUGCUGCGGAAUCUGUAA